CAACAGAUUAACACCACAGCGGCUCCUGAAGGAGCCACGGCGCUCCGUCUGCCUCCUCCUCCUUACAGUUUAUCAAAGGACAGAAGAUCGGGAGGACCUUCCUGGAUAUCGGGAUGAGGGAAUCAAUACAGAGGGUCAGCACUGCAGACAUCUGGUGUUGGAGGUACAGCAGGAGAGAGAUGUGGAGGUGUGAGUAGUUAGCGAAAACAGUAGAUAGAUACAACACAAUCAGCCAGUUUGAGAGACAUCAGACCUCGAGAAAUGGAUAAUCAAGGCACAGACGGACCAGGAGAAGGAGGCGAUGCAGAGGGGAAACAAAAAGCCGAGGAGAUCAGUGAUGAACAAAAGCAGAGCAAAGACAAGUACAACAAGUUGGAGAAGGAGAGCAGUGAGAAGGAGGUGAAGAGUGAGGCCAGGAGGGAGAGCCGUCGUCUCUGCAGGAGCGGCUGGGCGCUGAGUGAACGUCUGGCCAUAAAUGUCUCGGGGAUGCAUUAUGAAACCCAGCUCCGGACCCUUGCUCAGUUCCCUGACUCUCUGCUGGGUGACCCCCGGCGCCGGCUCCGUUACUACGACCCCCUGCGCAAUGAGUUGUUCCUGGACAGGAACCGCAACUGUUUUGACGCAAUCCUCUACUUCUACCAGUCGGGCGGAAGGCUGAGGAGACCCGCCAACAUCCCUUUGGACAUGUUCCUGGAGGAGCUGCACUUCUACGAGCUCGGAGAGGAGAUCAUUGACCGCUUCAAGGCGGAUGAGGGCUUUCCAAAAGAGGAGGAGAGACCCUUGCCGGCCACAAAGUGGCAACAGAAAAUCUGGAUGUUGUUUGAAUAUCCCGAGUCCUCUGGUGGAGCCCGGAUCAUCGCCAUCAUCAGCGUCAUGGUCAUCGUCCUCUCCAUCCUCAUCUUCUGCCUAGAGACUCUGCCAGAGUUCAGAAAUGAGAAGGAACGAAGAGAGCAAUACACAACAACGCCUCAUCCAACUAUCCCCAACACAACCAUCCUGGUUCCACCAAAGUUCUCCCCCUUCCAAGACCCCUUCUUCAUAGUAGAGACCAUCUGCAUCUGCUGGUUCUCCUUUGAACUCAUCAUGCGCUUCAUCAGCGCUCCUUGCAAGAUACACUUCUUCAAGGACAUCAUGAACAUCAUCGAUUUCUUGGCCAUUAUGCCCUUUUUUGUCACAGUGGGCACAGAGCUGGCUAAGGACAAAGGCACGCCACCAUCUGUCUCUCUGGCCCUCAUCAGAGUCAUCAGGCUGGUAAGAGUUUUCAGGAUCUUCAAGCUGUCUCGUCACUCCAAAGGCCUUCAGAUCCUCGGCCAGACGUUGAAGGCCAGCCUGCGAGAGCUGGCCCUCCUGAUCUUCUUCCUCUUCAUAGGGGUCAUACUUUUUUCUAGCGCUGUCUACUUUGCAGAGGUGGACAGGCCGGGCACGCUUUUUACAAGCAUACCUGAGUCGUUCUGGUGGGCUGUGGUGUCUAUGACCACCGUCGGCUAUGGGGACAUGUGCCCGGAGACCUUUGGAGGAAAGCUGGUGGGCUCCAUGUGCGCCAUCGCAGGUGUGCUCACCAUCUCUCUGCCGGUCCCUGUCAUCGUGUCAAACUUUAGCUACUUCUACCACCGAGGGAUGGAAUGUGAGGACAGCAGGGAAUACCACCAUGUCUCCACGUCACUCUGGGAAAAUGACAAAGAGGAUGAUGAGCAGAACGAUGAAGAGGAUGGAAUGGAUCAUGAUGCUGAGUUCGUUGGGGACUAUGCAUCGCCGUUUGAACAGAACAGGGCUACUUGCCCGCCACUCAACGGGAACCUUCUGACUGGGUUAUGCACAGAACAGGAAGCAAGGGAUCAGCAAGGGAAACAGUUCUCCCUCAAUGAACCUCUGGUUACCCAAGUGUGACAAAGAUAAUGUACUCUUGACACUUUGUGGAAAGAAGCUACUGCUGAUACAACUGAAGAACUUAUUAUGUUGAACCUUGACACACAUUGAGCUUAUUUCCAGGAUUCUUAUAAUAAAAGCGUUUGUUGGGUUACAUUUUGCAAAGUCUAGAAGUGAAGUAAAAGUGGUUUGCACCAAGAUAAAUAUAAAAACAUUCUUUGUUUUUGCUGGUAAUGCCAAGUCAUCACAGCCGACCACCCUUAGAGAUGUACAUAAGAAAAAUAUUUUAAUUAAUACCUAAUUUAUGGUAGAGCCAAAGGCCUUGCUGAAAAAAAAAAUCAACCAUUAAAUGGAAGUCAUUUGAACCCCUCCUCUACCGAAAAGGAAGUUUAAAUUUUUUUAACCACUUGGAUUGUGCUAAUUUAUUCUCCACAUACAGUAAGAGGGAUCUUUGCACAAUCUUUAUAAAUUGUAACGUUAUUCUCUAUCUGGAAAUUGAUAUGUACUAUAAAAAGUUUUUUUUCUUUUUUAACCAGUAAAUAAUUUCUAAAUGGGUUUUCUUGUACCCUAUAGAUCUUACACUGCAAAAAU